UAAGCUGUCUGGUUAAUAAUGAACCACAAGCUGCAGAAUGCGAUCCUGAAUAAAAUCCUUCCAGAAAUUAGCUUCACGUCCCAGGGGAAAGAAAAUUGAUCUGCCGCCUUAAAAUGCUGGUCUAGAACAAAGUAUUCACGGGAAGAAAUUACUACUGGAGAAGUGUAUUUGGCUCUAACUGCACCUGAAUGAAAGGAACAACAUUCAGCUUGCUUCUCGGAAGGCCUUGAAUUCCCCGAGAUCAUCCAUUCCUAGAAAUCUUGACAUGGCCAUGAGGAAGGAGGAACAGAGAUAACUGGAACCCAUGAGUUGGUCAGGAUGACUUCUGAAGAAAUGGCAGCUUCCGUCCCCGUGCCUGCGACGCUGAGAAGAGCGGUGUCUGUGCAGUCGGCGGCGGAGGAGAGGUGCGAAAAGGCCGCAGACAGUGGUUUUUCCACGGCAGCGGCCGCCAGGCAGACUGGGCCGGCUUCUCACCCCGUCUCCCAAUGGAACCCACGCACGCCAGGCCCCUCGGGAAGGAAUGAGCCCCGGGUUCUCGCGGGGCCGCGCGGGGAAUCAGCGGGCGACGGGAGCCGCAGCCCGGCCUGCCGGGAGGAGCGCGUCGCGGAGCCGGCGAGCAGCCCUGCCGCCCACCGCAAGGGCCCGGGUGAGAGCCGCCGGGGCGGCCGCGCCGCCGGCCAGGGUUGCCAAGCCUGGGACGCUGAGGAAACCGGAAUUCCUUCCCCGCGGGAAGAAAAGGCAUUCCCUGGAAUUCAACUGGAAGUAGACGGCGGCCCCGGGGACGCCACCUUGGGUGGGCUCACCGAAGCCGGAAGCUCUCGCCCUGACGGCGGAGGCGACAUGGCGCCGUUUCGUUUUCCGCGCGAAGUAGAAGUCGACGGGAGCGUGGUGUCAGCCCCGGUUCACACUCUGUCAGAAAGGUUCCUUUUGGACGACGGUGGAAGCUGUGUUGUUCCACUUCCGGGAGGGCAGCAAAAGACGAGCCACGCGGCGAACACGUGCAGACUCACGGCUCUGGCCCAAAGCUGUGGCCCCGCGAACGGGCAGCUGCCCUGCGGUGGGUGCCUGUGCUGGGCGGGCGCCUGCCAGGCCCGCGCGGCCGCCUCCAGCCACGGCCUCUGCGGGGAGGGCCUCGCCCUCGGCGCCCCCGCCCAGCACGCGUGCCCCGAGCACUGCGAGGACGUCGACGAAGAGUUUCUCAAAGGCAAACGGGAGCGGUCUACGUGGCUGGUCAGGAGAUUCUGCAAAAACGACAGAGAGGUUAAGAAAUCUGUGUACACCGGCACGAGGGCCAUCGUGAGAACGCUGCCUUCUGGCCACAUUGGGCUGGCUGCUUGGGGUUGCGUUGAGCAGAAGAGAGACGGUCUCCCACUGCCUCGCGGGAGAGCCACAGAACCUCUGUCAGCGAUGGACACGGGGCGGAGUGGGAGCCAGCAUCUGUCAGAAACCCGGUGGCGUUGGAUCUACAAUGCAGUGAGAAGAGAAGAAACAGAAGAUACAGUUGGAUCUCAUCUCCAUUUCUUCACAAAGCUCCCAGCCUCUGAGACAGCCCAUGGAAGGAUUAGCCGUGGUCCAUGCUUAAAGUACUGUGUCCGAGACGCCGGGUGUGAAUACCGUGCCACCCUCCAAAGGACAUCCAUAUCUCAAUACAUCACUGGUUCUCUCCUUGAGGCAACCACAUCUUUAGGAGCAAGAAGUGGGCUUCUCAAUACUUUUGGAGGAUCCACUGGACGAAUGAUGCUGAAAGAGCGCCAGCCAGGCAUCCCCAUGGCCACUUCCAACACCCUCCCUUCAAGUUCUGCCGGCAUCAGCAAGGAACUGAUCGAGCUCCAGCCCCUCAUCCAGUUCCCAGAAGAAGUUGCCAGCAUCUUGACAGAGCAGGAGCAGAGCAUUUACCGCAGAGUCCUGCCUGUUGACUACCUUUGUUUCUUAACCCGGGACUUGAGUUCCCCGGAGUGCCAGAGGUCCCUGCCCUGCCUCAAAGCAUCCAUCUCAGCCUCAGUCCUCACCUCUCAGAAUGGAGAACACAGUGCCCUUGAAGACCUUGUGAUGCGAUUCAAUGAGGUAAGCUCCUGGGUGACAUGGCUGAUCCUCACAGCGGGCUCCAUGGAGGAGAAGCGGGAAGUCUUCUCAUAUUUGGUCCACGUGGCCAAGUGCUGCUGGAACAUGGGCAACUACAACGCCGUCAUGGAGUUCUUAGCUGGCCUCAGGUCAAGAAAAGUUUUAAAAAUGUGGCAGUUCAUGGACCAGUCUGACAUUGAGACCAUGCGGAGCCUGAAGGAUGCCAUGGCUCAACACGAGUCUUCCCUGGAGUACAGAAAGGUGGUGACCCGGGCCCUGCACAUCCCUGGCUGCAAGGUGGUUCCCUUCUGCGGGGUGUUUCUGAAGGAGCUCUGUGAAGUGCUUGAUGGAGCCUCUGGCCUGCUGAAGCUAUGCCCACGAUACAAUUCCCAAGAAGAGGCUUUAGAAUUUGUAGCAGAUUAUAGUGGACAAGAUAAUUUCUUACAACGAGUGGGACAGAAUGGCUUAAAGAAUUCGGAGAAGGAGUCCACAGUCAAUAGCAUCUUCCAGGUCAUCAGGAGCUGCAGUCGAAGGCUGGAGGUGGAGGAUGAGGAUAGUCCCAGUGAAGGGAACAGCUCCAGGAAAAAUUCCUUGAAGGACAAAACCCGAUGGCAGUUUAUAAUUGGGGAUUUUCUGGAUUCAGAAAAUGACAUCUUCGAGCAGUCCAAAGACUGUGACCUUCAAGGACCAGAGGAGUCACAGAAAGCCUUUGACCAUGGGACAGAACUAAUCCCAUGGUAUGUGCUGUCCAUCCAAGCUGAUGUGCACCAGUUCCUAUUGCAAGGGGCCACAGUCAUCCACUACGACCAGGAUACACACCUCUCUGCCCGUUGCUUUCUCCAGCUGCAGCCUGACAAUAGCACCUUGACCUGGACAAAGCCCCCCACCACCUCGCAGGCCAGCACGAAACCCAAGCUUGGUGUACUGAAUAACACAGCCGAGCCCGGCAAGUUCCCAUCACAGGGCAGUGCUGGAUUGAGCGGCCUGGCGGAAGGGGUCCUGGAUUUGUUUUCAGCAAAAGCUGUGUACAUGGGACACCCUGGCAUUGAUAUACACACCGUGUGUGUUCAGAACAAAUUGGGUAGUAUGCUUCUGUCAGAGACUGGAGUGACACUGCUCUAUGGGCUUCAGACCACAGACAAUAGGUUAUUGCACUUUGUAGCACCAAAGCACACAGCUAAAAUGCUCUUCAGUGGAUUGCUGGAACUUACCAUGGCCGUGAGAAAGAUAAGGAAGUUCCCUGACCAAAGACAGCAAUGGCUGCGGAAACAGUAUGUCAGCCUCUAUCAGGAGGACGGUCGGUAUGAAGGCCCAACUUUGGCUCACGCAGUGGAGUUGUUUGGCGGCAGACGGUGGAGCACUCGAAACCUGAGCCCUGGAACAUCUGCAAAGAAUGCUGAGAAGCCCAAUAUGCAGAGAAACAACACCCUGGGCCUAAGCACGACCAAGAAGAAGAAGAAAAUGCUCAUGAGGGGAGAGAGUGGAGAGGCGACUGACGAUGAGAUGGCGACCCGAAAGGCCAAAGUGUAUAGAGAGUGUCGAAGCCGGAGCGGUUCUGACCCUCAGGACAUUAAUGAGCAAGAGGAGUCAGAGAUGAAUGCCGUCGCUAGCCCUCCUGCCCUCAUCCCUUCCAGAAGAGCCCACUCUUUGACUACAGCUGGGUCCACCAACUUGGCUUCUGGGACAUCAUCCCCCAUCAGGCCAGUCUCCUCCCCUGUGCUGUCUUCUUCAAACAGGAGUCUGUCCAGUGCCUGGAGCAGCAGCAGCUGGCACGGGCGAGUCAAAGGCGGAACGAAGGGAUUCCAGAACUUCAUGGUUUCAGACAGUAACAUGAGUUUUGUUGAGUUUGUUGAGCUGUUCAAAUCAUUCAGUAUAAGGAGCCGCAAGGACCUGAAGGACAUCUUUGACAUCUACUCUGUGCCCUGCAACCGCUCUGGCUCCGAGUCAGCCCCCCUGUACACCAACCUGACAAUCGAGGAGAACACCAGUGACCUUCAGCCUGACCUCGAUUUGCUGACCAGAAAUGUCUCAGACUUGGGAUUGUUCAUUAAAAGUAAACAGCAGCUCUCUGACAACCAGAGGCAGAUAUCUGAUGCGAUUGCUGCUGCAAGUAUUGUGACCAAUGGCACUGGGAUAGAGAGCACAUCUCUGGGAAUAUUUGGGGUCGGCAUACUCCAACUCAACGACUUCCUGGUGAAUUGCCAAGGAGAACACUGCACGUACGAUGAAAUCCUCAGCAUCAUCCAGAAGUUUGAGCCUAGCAUCAGUAUGUGUCAUCAGGGUCUAAUGUCAUUUGAAGGAUUUGCAAGGUUUCUGAUGGAUAAAGAUAAUUUUGCCUCGAAAAAUGAUGAGUCACAAGAGAACAAGAAAGAAUUGCAGCUACCCCUGUCCUACUAUUAUAUAGAAUCUUCACACAAUACCUACCUCACUGGCCAUCAGCUCAAGGGAGAGUCCUCAGUCGAACUCUACAGCCAGGUCCUCUUACAAGGCUGCAGGAGCAUCGAACUGGACUGCUGGGAUGGAGACGAUGGGAUGCCUAUCAUUUAUCAUGGACAUACACUGACAACCAAGAUUCCCUUCAAGGAAGUGGUGGAAGCCAUCGAUCGCAAUGCAUUUAUCACCUCUGACCUGCCAGUCAUCAUAUCCAUUGAGAACCACUGUUCAUUGCCACAGCAACGAAAAAUGGCAGAAAUUUUCAAGAGUGUGUUUGGGGAGAAGCUGGUGGCAAAAUUCUUAUUCGAAACUGAUUUCUCUGAUGGUCCGAUGCUUCCAUCACCAGACCAACUCAGGAGGAAAGUACUUCUUAAAAACAAGAAGCUGAAGGCCCACCAGACGCCCGUGGACAUCUUGAAGCAGAAGGCUCAUCAGUUAGCAUCCAUGCAAGCACAAGCUUAUAAUGGAGGGAAUGCCAACCCCCUACCCACCACUAACGAGGAAGAGGAAGAUGAAGAGGAUGAAUAUGAUUAUGACUAUGAAUCCCUUUCUGAUGACAACAUCCUGGAAGACAGACCAGAAAACAAAUCCUGUGCUGACAAGCUUCAGUUUGAAUAUAAUGAAGAAAUUCCCAAGAGGAUAAAGAAAGCAGAGAACUCUGCCUGCAGCAAAGGAAAGGUUUACGACAUGGAACUGGGAGAAGAAUUUUAUCUUCCUCAGAAUAAGAAAGAAAGCAGGCAGAUUGCACCAGAGUUAUCUGACCUCAUCAUCUAUUGCCAAGCAGUAAAAUUUCCAGGCCUGUCAACUCUAAAUUCAUCUGGCUCUAGCAGAGGAAAAGAACGGAAAAGCAGGAAGUCCAUUUUUGGCAACAAUCCUGGCAGAACGAGCCCAGGGGAGACAGCAUCAUUUAACAAAACAUCUGGAAAAAGUUCCUAUGAAGGAAUUCGACAAACCUGGGAGGAAUCUUCUUCCCCACUCAACCCAACCACAUCCCUCAGCGCUAUCAUUAGAACUCCCAAAUGCUAUCAUAUCUCAUCACUGAAUGAAAAUGCCGCCAAACGUCUGUGUCGCAGGUAUUCUCAAAAACUGAUCCAGCACACCACCUGUCAGCUCCUGAGGACUUACCCCGCCGCCACCCGAAUCGACUCAUCCAAUCCCAACCCACUCAUGUUCUGGCUCCAUGGGAUACAGCUUGUGGCACUCAACUACCAGACAGAUGAUCUCCCUUUACAUUUGAAUGCUGCAAUGUUUGAGGCAAAUGGUGGCUGUGGUUAUGUUUUGAAGCCCCCAGUUCUGUGGGAUAAGGACUGUCCCAUGUAUCAGAAGUUUUCUCCACUGGAAAGAGAUCUAGACAGCAUGGACCCUGCCAUCUAUUCUUUGACUAUUGUCUCUGGCCAAAAUGUGUGCCCUAGCAACAGCACAGGAAGUCCAUGCAUUGAGGUCGACGUCCUGGGUAUGCCCCUGGACAGCUGCCAUUUCCGCACAAAGCCCAUCCACCGAAACACUCUGAACCCCAUGUGGAAUGAGCAGUUUCUGUUCCGGGUUCACUUUGAAGAUCUUGUAUUUCUUCGCUUUGCCGUUGUGGAAAACAACAGUUCAGUGGUCAUGGCUCAGAGAAUCAUUCCACUCAAGGCUCUAAAACGAGGGUAUCGACAUCUUCAGCUGCGAAACCUCCACAAUGAAGUGUUGGAAAUCUCUAGUUUAUUCAUAAAUAGCAGAAGAAUGGAAGAGAAUUCCUGUGCUGGUACAAUGCCAGCCUCUUCAAUGUUUAAUACAGAAGAGAAGAAAUGUUCUCAGACCCACAGAGUCACGGUGCAUGGGGCCCCAGGGCCUGAGCCCUUUGUGGUUUUCACCAUAACUGAAGGCACCAAGGCGAAGCAGCUGCUGCAGCAGAUUCUGACACUUGAACAAGACACCAAACUUAUCACCACAGAGUAUUUUUUGAUGGAAGAAAAGUACUUUAUAUCUAAAGAAAAGAACGAGUGCAGGAAACAACCAUUCCAAAGAGCUGUGGGUCCAGAAGAGGAAAUCAUGCAGAUUUUAAGUAGCUGGUUUCCAGAAGAAGGAUAUGUAGGCAGGAUUGUCUUAAAACCCCAACAGGAAACCCUAGAGGAGAAAAGCAUUGUCCAAGAUGAGAAAGAGGUGAUCUUGAGCUCAGAGGAAGAGAGUUUCUUUGUCCAAGUGCAUGAUGUCUCUCCAGAGCAACCUCGAACCGUCAUCAAAGCCCCUCGUGUCAGCACUGCCCAGGACGUCAUUCAGCAGACUUUAUGCAAAGCCAAAUAUUCCUACAGCAUCCUGAGCAACCCCAACCCAAGCGACUACGUGCUCUUGGAAGAGGUGGUGAAAGACGGCCCCAGCAGGAAGUCUUCUACCCCAAAGUCCUCACAGCGGGCACUUUCGGACCAGGAGUGUGUGUUUCAAGCACAAAGCAAAUGGAAAGGUGCAGGAAAGUUCAUCCUUAAGCUAAAGGAGCAGGUGCAGGCAUCCCGAGAAGACAAAAGAAGGGGCAUCUCUUUUGCAAGUGAGCUCAAGAAGCUCACCAAGUCAACUAAGCAGCCCCGAGGACUCACAUCACCACCUCAGCUUGUGGCCUCAGAAAGUGUCCAAAACAAGGAGAAGCCUGUGGGCAGCUUGUCCUCUGGUGACACAAUGGAUUGUCCGCAGUGACUGAGAGCAGCAUGUAAGACUCAGGUGAAGAUCUUCCGGCAAGAAGUUAUCAAGAAAGGACACGGUGGAAAGAAAUAUAAUUUCUGUAUUUCCAUUAGAUUUAAACUGGAAACUGAUGACUUCUGAACUCCAGCUUUCUUCACACAUGAUGUGAGGUUCAUGCUGAGGACAAAAUGGUGCAGGGCUGCCAACCCAUUUACUGAGGAGGGAAGCGAAGAAACCCAGGGAACUGGCAUUUCACAGAUGUUACCAGUUGGACAAAAGCAUCCCUAAGCUUGCAGUGAUUGACUUAAGAACAAAAGUCAACAAGCUUUGUCUGUUAAGGGCCAAAGAGUAAAUGUUUUAGGGCUGGGGCCCAAUCUCAGCAGCGACUACUCAGCUCUGUCCUUGUAGUGUGAAAGCAGCCAGAAAACUGGUAUGUGAAAUGAGCAUGGGUGAACAAUAAAACUUUAUUUAUGGACACUCAAAUUGGAAUUUCAUAUACCUUUCACUUAUAAAUAUUCUAUUAAGUUUUUUCAACCAUUUAAAACUAUAGAAACUGCUGGGCAUGGUGGCACACACCUUUAACUCCAGCACUUGGGAGGCUGAAGUAGGAUUGAUCUGGGUUCCAGGCCAGCCUGACAAUUCUAGGUCAGCCUGGGUUAGAGCGAGACCCAUCUCAAAAAAAAAAAAAAAACUGUAGAAACUGUAGUUCAAGGGCCACACAAAAUUACAAAUGGUAGGCUAGCUUUGGCCCAAAGGCCAGUCUGCCAACCCAAUUUAAACAGAACUGAGAACAAGGGGCACAGAGAUCUGAAAACAAGAAAUUUCCCUUUUUAUGGCUAAGAAGUGUAAAUUUAGGGGCACUGCAAAUGUAAAUAUGUCCAUAAGAUUCAUUAAAAUUAAUCUAACUUAGUUCUAUGUUGUAUACCAGGGUGUACUCUAGAGUAUCAUUGUGCAUAU